CUCAUCGCUCUGGGUGGAUGCUAUCAUGGAUGUGUAUGAUGAAAUAGAAAUCGAGGACUUUACGUUUGAUCCAGCAACCCAGUUGUUCCAUCAUCCGUGUCCGUGUGGAGACAAGUUUGCCAUUGCGUUGGACGACUUGUUAGAUGGGGAAGACAUAGCUGUGUGUCCAUCGUGCUCGCUAAUGGUGAGAGUAAUUUUUGAGCCAGAGGACUUGGAUGAGUACGUGGAUCAGUAGAAGAGCAGGAUUAGAGAUAUAUCUGACCAGGAGUCUGAGAGGUAACCACGACCCGGUGACCAGGAGCCGGCCACCAGCUGCUCAAAUACAAAAUACUUGACACAUGGGCAAAGAGAAGACAUCUACGAAACUGGAAACCAGACUUCCCAAGCUGCGCAAGAGCCGAUUGGCCAAGAGCCAUGCAAACAAGGAGGAAACUGCUGCUACUGAGUCGAACUACUUCGAUGAUGUUAAGCACCUGGCCAGCACCAUGUUGUAUAUAACCCUGAUACUUCUCAGCACAUCACUUCUCAGCACAUCAACGUGUUUGUAACGGGGUUACCUGCUCCUUGGAUUGGAAACAAAUGACAAGAAAACCAGAUUCUAGUACAAAACAUAAGAACCCUUGUAACCACACAGUGGCCACGAUACUAAUGACCAAAACUUUAUAUUCCUUAGCACCAGCAUUCGUACCAAUAAAAAUAUUUCACACUAUCCCGACAACGGUAGGUAGGGCAUCGUCGUACCGAUCAUCGGUGUACUAUAACACCUUACACGUUGUACAUCCGCAUCGCCGCCCGCACCCACCGUAAAUAUGGGUGCAACAACUAACCCCCACCAUUUCCCUCCACAUGCGACCUGGGCACUCAUUGACCCGAGAACCGCCUGGAGCUAUUUAGGUUUCGGACUCAGGUGGUGGACCAAGACUUUCUGGCGCGUCCCGCACAAGCAACAAUGCCAACCCCGUCAAAAGACGGGAAAAUAGCCCCGAUUCGGUACAGAGCCGAACGUCGUGAACUCGCGUAUUGUUGCGUUUGGCUCCGGGCAAACACUCAGGGUGCUGCACCUCCGCCCUAGAUAUCCGCCUUUGACCACCCACUCGGCAUUUGCCCAACCGUUUUACAACCGUUGGGUUUAAACGCGGUGCGUACGGGAUUGGCCCCAAUACCUUAUUAAGAUGUUAAAUUUUUGGGUUGCCAUCCCCUGGACCCCCCAUUGUUGGUAACCCAGUUGACUGCGACAUGGAUUUUUGGAGUGUGAUGGGUCAGCAAUUUAAAGUUUGAAUCUCUACUAAAGCACUAUGGUAAUCCGUGAUUACACACCGGAUGAGUUUUGGUGGUACUGCUUCAAGCUCUCGGGUAAUGUUGUCAAUAGCUGGGAUAUGCGACUGGCGGAAUCCCGGCUUACCCCAAUUAAUUAAGAUAUAAUCACAUUCAGCAGUAUGGCUAGGCGAGGUUAACAUUCCAAACCCACGUAUCCAUAUCUCGGCUGUGGCGACAAGACAAACGGGAAUUAUGCCAUUUUCCACGAACCAGAAAUAAAAUAAAACGCAAA